ACCACUACUGGUUCACCCUUAAGUGUAUACGCGAAAAUAUGGCGUCUGCUUCCGUAAUGAGUCAAUGAAUCUAGUUCUCCCUUCCUGUAUCUAAACUAUAGCUAUUUUAUCCUUCAGCUCAACAUGUUUGACACCGUAAAACUCUGACAGGACAAAGCGUCUACUCCAGAACGACACCAACAUGUUUCAGAGACCGAGAAACUGGAUCAACCAGGCCCUGUGGAAGCCUCGGAACCCACAUUCACUGGAACAUCUCAAGUUUCUGUACGGCGUGCUUGCGAAGAACGCCGUGGUGACGGAACAGAACCGUAGUCUGCUGGUGGAAACUUUGCGCUCCAUCUCCGAGAUUCUCAUCUGGGGAGAUCAAAAUGACAGCUCUGUCUUCGAUUUCUUCCUGGAGAAGAACAUGCUGCUGUUUUUCCUGCGGAUCCUCCGUCAGAAGACGGGUCGUUACGUGUGUGUGCAGCUGCUCCAGACACUCAACAUCUUGUUUGAAAACAUCCAGAAUGAAACAUCGCUAUAUUACCUGCUGUCCAACAACCAUGUGAACUCCAUCAUCGUGCACAAGUUUGAUUUCUCAGACGAGGAGGUCCUGGCCUACUACAUCUCCUUCAUCAAGACCCUGUCUCUCAAGCUCAACUCACAUACCAUUCACUUCUUCUAUAAUGAGCACACCAAUGACUUCCCACUGUACACAGAAGCCAUUAAGUUCUUUAACCACUCGGAGAGUAUGGUACGGAUAGCUGUACGGACCCUCACACUGAAUGUGUACAAAGUGGAUGACAAGUCCAUGCUCCAGUUUAUCCGAGCCAAGACGGCAGCCCCGUACUUCUCCAACCUGGUCUGGUUUAUAGGGAACCACAUCCUGGAACUGGACAACUGUGUCAAAAAUGACGCAGACCACCAGAGCCGUGGCAGGCUGGGAGACCUGGUGGCAGAACACCUGGACCAUCUCCACUAUCUAAACGACAUCCUGUGUCUCAACAUCAAGGACCUUAACGAUGUCCUGACGGACCAUCUACUCAACAGACUCUUCAUCCCACUGUACGUGUACUCUCUCAGUCACGACGGAACGGAAGAAGUACGAUAUCAGCAGGAUGGAAGAAGUAGAGUCAGUCCAGUUGUCUCCCUGUUCCUACUAUCACAGGUAUUUCUGAUAAUUCAGCACGCCCCAUUGGUGAACUCCCUGGCUGACUUCGUCUUUAACCAAGGUCCUCAGGGCGAGGCAUUGGAGGAGGAACAGGCAACAAACUCUCACCAGGAUCCCUCGUCAGGGAACCCGCGUCGCUUCUUCCCACCGGCUGAGACCCUGGAGAAGUCGCUCGAGGCCAGUAUCGGGAGGGGGAAGAAGAAACAGAAGAAGCAGCCCAACUCUCGCAACACAGAGCCGGGAGAGGAUGAGCAGACAGAGUACACAGAGGGGAACUCCACUUUCUAUAAGGACUCGGGAGAGUUCCCUGAUACAGGGGCAGAAGAUCUGUCCCUGCGGAGUGUUAAGACGAGUGAUCGCUCCCGCGCCCCUCUGGUAGGCCCCGCACACUGGUUGAUGGGUCCAAUUGACGGCCAGGCCCCGUCUGAUUAUACCCUGAUGUAUCGCAGAAGUAGUACGGAAAGCCAGAUGCAAGGCACAUCAGUCAGGAGGAGUAAGCCCACAGCAUUACCAGGAGACACAGUCAUCAGUAGUCAGAACAUCACAGAUGAGGAGAAAUGUUCUCGAGCCGCAGCCACCGGUGUAAGACAGACAGAGACUACUACAGGCUUCAAAAGGCGAUACCUUGAUGCCAUAUUCGACACCCUGGACUGUGGAAACAACGACUAUGAAGCCUUGUUUUCCCUCUGUCUUCUGUAUGCCAUGGGCAAAAAUGAAGGUAUUCGGGAAGGCUUGAUGGAUGCUGUAGCCAUGCCGUCUGUCCACUCCCCAACUAAACAACAUUACAGCUCACCACUGUUGGAGAGGCUGCUCAAGGUCCUAGAACUCAGCACUAAACAAGUUUCUGCUGUCCGUGUUGCGACGCUGUGGCUGAGCUGUACGCUGGUGAAACAGCUGGUGCUGUCCCGGGACCAGUGUUACCUACAGGACAGACACGUGGCCUACGUGGAGGGGGUCCGAGAGGCCGCAACACUCCUGCUCCGCAUGUUCUACAAGGGUGAUGAGAUCUUUCUGGAUAUGUUUGAGGAUGAGUUUGGAAAAAUGAAGGAGAAGCCGUUGAAUGUAGAGUACCUGACCAUGGACCCUUCAGUGUUACUCCCCCCUACUGGAACACCUCUCACAGGCAUAGAGUUUGACAAACGCCUGCCGUGUGGGGAGGUCGAGAGGGCCAGAAAGGCCAUGCGCACGUUCUUCCUCCUGCGGGACUUGUCCUUGUCGCUGCAGUUGAAGGUCGAGGACCAACUGCCGCUCACCAAAGACAGCGAGCUCAUCAAGGAGAAUGAGAAGUUAGACCUCAACAACAGUGACCUGAUUGCUUGCACAGUGGUGACAGAAGACAAACAGAGAGUUCGGCGUUUCCUGGUGAUCGACGUUUACCAGCUGAUCCUGGUGGAGCCAGACACCAAGAAACUGGGCUGGGGCGUGGCCAGGUUUGUGGGGUAUCUGCAGGAUGUUGAGGUGACAGCAGACAAAGAAGACAGCCGCGCCCUCCACGUACAGAUCCACAAGCCGACGUCCUCCGUCAGCGUGCAGGCCAGCCCCUCCUCCUACAAACCCAUGCCACUCCUGUCCGCCAAGUUCAUCUUCGACGACCACAUCCGCUGCAUGGCCGCCAAACAGAGGAUGACUAAAGGCAGGAGCCGGGCACGCCAGGCUAAGAUGAGACUCAUCUCCAAACUACUGGACAUGCCGGCGGCGGUGUCACCUCCAUCACCCACACCUCCUCCUCACAGAACCCUGCAGAUGGGAGCCAUGCGUAUGUACACCGCCCACCCCAGCCACCAGGACCCCCCUCCCACCAUGCGCAAGUUCGGGCCCGUCCCAGGGUUCGCACAGCGGCGGGCGUCCUCCCAAACGUCCCCCUCAAGUCGCCGGUCCGCUAGCCCCAACAAGGGUCGCUCCAGUCCGAAGGCGCAGAACCGAUCCUUACAACAUGAGACGUCCGUGGAAGAGGCACGGGAGGCGAUACUUGCGGAGACCGCGGAGGCCAUUCCGUUACAGGAUCUGUCUAAACAGGGUCGGAGUUUCCCACAGGAGUCUGAGAAAGAACUGUCGUCUACCAACCUGUCCCCCAGCCUCAGGCCCGCGAAAGCGCCGCCUGCGUCGCUGCUUCCCCGACAAGAUGACGACGGGGACAGACCGAGCUACCACGAGUCCGUUAAGCUGACGCGGCCAGCCGACCCGGAUAGAAUCCGGAGCAUCAGCGACACGUCGUCGCGACAGGGUCGGAAAGAGACGAGAAGCGCGGAGGGCGACAGGAGGAGGAGUUCUAGCGACGGCUCAGGGAGUAGGAUAAAGCCGACAUGGCACCACGGAGCUCACUGGUACACAGGGGACACAGAUGACGGGGACAACGGGGAUUAGAAUGACUCUUAGAGCAGUAAGCACUAGGGCUGUGUACCUAAUACCUAGGUACAUAUCCAGACC